UUCCAGUCGUUGUUUCAGACCGGGCAUGUUUUUGUAGCUACACAGCCACAAUGGAUGCUGUAACUCAGCGUGUUUUGGAGUAUUUAACUGAAGUUGAAGAGGCAGCUGAGGAUGUUCUCACCACUAAACAACAGAUUGUGGACCUGGACAAAAAGAGAAACAGGAACAGAGAGGCUUUGAAUGCACUGAAAACUGCAAUGUCAGAUUCAGAAAAAGUGAAGGUUUGCUUUGGAACCAUGUUCAUCAGAUUUCCCAAAUCAAAGACAAGAGAAAUGAUUCAGAAAGACCAGGAGCAGCUUGACAAAGAGAUAAAUGACCUUCGCAAAGGACUGAAAGCAAAAGUUAAUCGUCUCAAUGAGAUCCAAGGUAGACCGGAGGUGAGAGGAUACAACCUUUCUCCUCUAUCCACUGAUGAAAUCAAAGCUAUUGACAAUCUUUUGAAGAGAUGACACCAGAUCUGCUCUCCACUCCAUAGUUUUGAGGACAUUCAACUAAAGUGUUACCUGAGAACUUAGCCUUGAACUGCAGCACAGCAAUGUGCUGGAUAAAUAUGCAAUAAUAUGCAUUUUUUUGUCAAAUAUAAGACUGGUAGUGUAUUUAAGUGUUCACUUUCCCCUGACAAUUGAAGAGUGUCUACUCAAACUAGGUAUGGGCAAUAUGGAUCAAAUUCUGUAUCAGUGAUUAUGUUAUUUUAUACAGUAUUGAUUUGCAGCAUUUGGAUAAUCAGCUGUGAAAUUGUAAAAAGGACAAAACCAUACAGGAUUGGCUUAUUUUGCUUACUCCAGUUAAGAAAAUACUUCAUGUGAUUAAUGCAAAAAAAAAAA